AUGUCCAAAGUGCUCAAUAUUGUAUACCUGCUCCUCGUCCCAGUGCUCGUAAUGGGAAGACACAACAUGAGUCUGGUCAAGUCCGUGCUUAGCGUCAUGUUUACCCAGAAGCAGUGGACCAACACACCCAUCUUCGUGGGUCACACCACCAAGAAUAACGAUCUAAUUAGCUUCAUCAUGUGGCUACAACAAGAGUUGGAGAUUACUACCCUAACUGUAGACUCGUACAAUCCACCGGAAGAGUACGCUCCACUCGGUAACCUGAAUGUCACCGCAGACAACAGCGUGAGCGUGUUUUUUUGUCAUGGCAGCCAGGACAUAGUUUGGUUCAAUAUUGACAAGUGCCUGCAUAGAUUGCGUCGGAGUCGCCUGAUUGUAGUUCUCCGCUCGCAAAGAAGCGGAUCUCGCAAGGCCAUCUUCAACAUAUUCAAGCGCCUGUGGCAGCUUCAGUUCCUCAACGUUCUCGUUCUGCACAAGGAUCAGAUUUAUUCCUACUCCCCCUAUCCGACUGUACAUUUCUUCAGGAUGGACAUUGAGACGAACCCACUCUUUUCCCCGCCGGCUCAGAACUUCCAAGGCUAUGUGGUGUCCACCCCAGUGGAGAAUGAUAUACCCAGAGUGUUUAUGGUUCGCGAUCAUAGCACUGGACGCAGAAGGAUUCGGGGAUACGCCUAUCGCACGUUUGUGGAGUAUUUGCAUCGCCACAAUGCCUCGCUGCAUGUAACCAACCCUGACGCCGAUCUCAGUCCAACCAGCAACGUCAACAUGAGUCGGAUCGUGCAGCUAAUAAUGGAUGACCAACUGGAGAUUUCCGUGCACCCAUACGUAAACACACCCAAGGACUGGGGAGACAAGAGUUAUCCCCUGGUCGUAUCCCCCAAUUGCCUGAUUGUUCCAGUUCGUAAUGAGAUCCCCCGGCACAUGUAUCUCCUGAGACCUUUCGACGCCAGCUGCUGGUACUCUCUUCUCGGAGCUCUGCUGUUCAUCACAGGAGCACUCUACUGCCUGAGUCCAAGUAGGAAAAGGCACCACUGGUCGCUGGAAUUGAGUUCAAGCUUCCUAGAUGCGGUCAGUCGGCUGCUCUUCAUCUGUUCCCCGAUAAAAACCUACCGACCAUCGAUCCGAUACUUCGUUGUGUGUCUACAACUGGCAGUUCUUGGAUUCGUCAUCACCAGCUGGUACAACAUCGAGUUGGACAGUUUUUUGACAGCUCUGGUGGUGGGGGAGCAAGUAAACAGCAUUGAGCAGCUGGUGCAACAGCAACAGAAGGUUCUGGUAAAGGAAUAUGAAACGGCCAUUAUUCUGCGCCACGUGGAAGCCUGUAUGGUGGAGAAGGUAGCCCUCCUUCUGGUCGGCGUCGAUGCCAGCGAACAAGUGUCCGCCCUACUUAGUUUCAACCGGAGCUAUGCGUAUCCCUUUACCGAGGAACGGUGGACGUUCUUCGCGAUGCAACAGCAGUACGCCUACAAACCGAUCUUUAGGUUCUCCACCGCCUGUUUGGGGUCCCCCCUCAUCGGUUAUCCGAUGCGGAGUAACUGCCACUUGGAGUACACCCUCAACCUAUUCAUAAUGAAGAUUCAAGAUUCGGGUCUGCUUUCCCACUGGCUCAUCUCCGAUUUCAACGAUGCCAUGCGGGCAGGCUACGUAACCCUGCUAGACAAUGUUCUCGGCUUCCAAGCCAUCGAUUUGGAUACCUUGCGAUUGGCUUGGUUCGUUCUGGGCUUUGGCUGGACCGUGUCCUCAUUGGUAUUUUCUUGCGAAUACUAUCACUUUUAUCCCUGGCGCAUUUUAACAGGAUUUCGUUAA